AUGGAGGACAAGAACUACCAACUAAGUGACCAGUCAAGCGAUGUGGUCGAUGACGCCGCCAUCCGCCAUGAGCCCAUUACAGGCCCUGAAUCGACGGCCGUGUCGACCCUGGCCAGCCAUUCGCAGCUGAGCGUCGACGGCCACUGGGGCGAGAAGACCGAGGGCGACCCCGUCUCACGCCAUGGCGCAAUGGAGGAUUUCGAGGAGAUGCGGAGGGAGCUGACUCGGGUCAGUCUCCAGAGGACGCGCUCGCAAACAUCGCGCCCGCUCAGUCGACUGCGGUCCGCCGUCUCACAGAAAAGUCGGCCGGCUGAUGAGGAGGAAACCUACUCGGGAUCGGGCGACACCCAAGCCGACUUUGAUCUUGGAGAGUUUUUGAUGGGCGGCACGCUCGAGCGGAGAACAACGGCUGGAGAACCGGCCAAGAAAGUGGGCGUGAUAUUCAAGGAUUUAACGGUUAAGGGUGUGCAGGCAUCGGCAUCUUUUGUCAGGACCCUACCUGACGCCGUCAUGGGCACCUUUGGCCCCGACUUGUACCGCAUCAUCCAGCACUUUAUCCCGAGCCUGCGCAUUGGCGGCGCACCCCCAACGAGAAAUCUGAUACACGACUUCACAGGUGUUGUUCGAGAUGGUGAAAUGGUCAUGGUGCUUGGCCGCCCCGGUUCCGGCUGUUCAACUUUCCUCAAGACGAUUGCCAACAAUCGCGACGGCUAUGCGGCCGUUCUAGGAGAGGUGAGCUACGGGGGCAUUCCCGCUGAGGAGCAGCAGAAAUAUUUCCGUGGCGAGGUCAUCUACAACCCCGAGGACGACCAGCAUUUUGCUGCACUUACUGUCGAGCAGACCCUGAAAUUCUCUCUCAUGAACAAAACUAAGAAACGAGACCAAUCGAGCGUCCCCAUCAUCGUCGACGCCUUGCUCAAGAUGUUCGGUAUCAGUCAUACAAGAAACACCCUGGUCGGGAACGAGUAUGUCCGUGGUGUAUCUGGAGGUGAGAGGAAGCGUGUCAGUAUUGCUGAGACUUUGGCCACCAAGUCUACUGUAGUUUGCUGGGAUAACUCGACGCGAGGCUUGGAUGCCAGCACCGCUUUGGAUUACGCCAAAUCGUUGCGCAUCAUGACCGAUAUCAGCCGACGAACCACCUUUGUCACCCUCUACCAAGCCAGUCAAGACAUCUACGAGCUCAUGGACAAGGUCAUUGUGAUUGACCAAGGCAGGAUGUUGUACCAGGGGCCUUCUUUGGAAGCUAAGAAGUACUUUACUGAUCUCGGAUUCUACUGCCCGUCUCAAUGGACCACCGCCGAUUUCCUAACUUCGCUGUGUGAUCCCAAUGCCCGUCAAUUCCAACCGGGCAAAGAAGCAUCAACCCCCAAGACUGCCGAGGAGUUAGAAGCCAUUUUCCGGAAGAGCGACACCUACAAACGUAUUCUCGAAGACGUGACUGAUUACGAGCAACGGUUGAAAGAGACCGAGUGCUCGGACACCAAGCGAUUCCAGCAAACAGUCGGCCAAUCGAAGAGUAAGACUGUUUCAAGGAAGUCACCAUACACAGUCUCGAUUCCUAAGCAGGUCGCUGCUUGUGUUAGGCGAGAGGUGUGGCUCCUACUCGGAGACAAGACAUCCUUGUACACUAAAUUUUUUAUCCUCAUCGCCAACGCCCUGAUUGUCAGCUCGCUUUUCUACGGCGAAUCUCUUGAUACUAGCGGUGCCUUUACGAGAGGCUCUGCUAUUUUCUUCUCUGUUCUUUUCCUGGGCUGGCUCCAAUUGACCGAGCUGAUGCCCGCUGUUUCUGGCCGCACGAUGAUCCAACGACACAAGGAAUACGCUUUUUACCGUCCAUCAGCGGUGUCUAUCGCUCGAGUCGUCGUCGACUUCCCGCUCAUCUUCACCAUGGUGUCAUUUUUCACUAUCAUCGUGUACUUUAUGUGCGGGCUCGAUGUGGAUGUCUCCAAGUUUUUCAUUUACUUCCUGUUUGUGUACACGACCACCAUGUGCAUCACAUCAAUGUACCGAAUGUUUGCGGCUCUGUCGCCAACCAUUGAUGAUGCAGUCCGCUUCAGUGGAAUUGCCUUGAACUUGCUGCUCAUCUUCGUUGGAUACGUCAUCCCAAAGCCCACACUGAUCAACUCGUCAAUCUGGUUCGGCUGGCUAUUCUACGUCAACCCCAUCUCAUAUGCCUACGAAGCCGUUCUAGCCAAUGAAUUCUCCAACCGCAUGAUGGACUGUGCUCCAUCUAUGCUUGUUCCUCUAUCUGGCCCUGGCAUUGACUCGAACUACCAAAGUUGUUCUUUGACGGGCUCUCAGCUUAACGAGAAGAGCGUUUCGGGUGCCGCAUAUCUCGAGACAUCCUUUGGGUUUACUCGGGGUCACCUUUGGCGAAACUUUGGCGUUGUCAUUGCCUUUACCGUGCUUUAUAUCCUGGUCACUAUCAUUGCGAACGAAAUGAUGAGCUUCACUGGCGGUGGUGGCGGUGCUCUUGUGUUCAAGAAGUCGAAACGCACUAAGCAAAUCGCUCAAGCCGAGACAAAGAAUGGUGAUGAGGAGGGUGCUAAAACCGAGGCAGACUUGCCUCCCAGCACAUCUUCUGGAAGCGAAGAACCCAUCGGUUCUCUUUCGACCAGCGACCGUGUCUUCACCUGGAGCAAUGUUGAAUAUACGGUACCUUACGGAAAGGGCGAGCGCAAGCUGCUGAAUGGAGUUACUGGAUACGCCAAACCUGGAGUCAUGACUGCUCUUAUGGGUGCAUCCGGUGCCGGAAAAACGACUUUACUCAACACUCUGGCACAACGACAAUCGAUGGGUGUCGUUAGCGGAGAGAUGCUGGUCGAUGGACGGGCCCUAGGCCCCGAGUUCCAACGUGAAACCGGUUUCUGUGAGCAGAUGGAUUUGCAUGACGGAACAAGCACUAUUCGCGAGGCAUUGGAGUUUUCUGCAAUUCUCAGACAGGAUCGAAGCAUUCCUCGACAGGAGAAGAUUGACUAUGUCAACCGUAUUAUCAAUCUUCUCGAAUUAGAAGAAAUCCAAGACGCAAUCAUCUCUUCCCUAGGAGUCGAGCAGCGGAAGCGUGUCACUAUUGGCGUCGAACUGGCCGCCCGGCCGAAUCUGUUGCUUUUCUUGGACGAGCCUACUAGUGGUCUCGACAGCCAGGCAGCCUAUUCAAUUGUUCGCUUCUUACGCAGAAUUUGCGAUGCCGGUGGAGCUAUUGUUUGUACCAUCCAUCAACCGUCGUCUAUGUUGAUCGAGCAGUUUGACUUGAUCUUGGCUCUGAACCCCGGUGGUAAUACCUUCUUCUUUGCGCCUCCCAGCUCUGUUGUCAAGUACUUCUCCGACCGAGGAGUCACCCCACCAGAGUCGAAGAAUGUCGCCGAAUUCAUCCUUGAAACAGCCGCGAAACCUAUGAUCAGAGAUGGCAAGAAAAUUGACUGGAAUGAUGAGUGGCGCAAUUCCGCCGAGAACGCAAAUCUCAAGCAAGAAAUCCAGAGGAUCAUAGAUGAGCGAAGCAAGGUCCCUGCUCCGGAGUCUGGCAACCAAACUGAAUAUGCGGCCCCGGUCACGACUCAGACGUUUAUGCUCACCAAUCGUAUGUUUAAGCAGUACUGGCGAGACCCGUCGUACUACUACUCUAGGAUAUUUGUCAGCGUUAUUAUUGGAAUUUUCAACGGUUUUACUUUUUGGAAAUUGGGUGUUACCGUGUCGUCUAUGCAAGACCGGAUGUUCUCUGUCUUCUUGAUUAUUCUGCUGCCGCCGAUUAUCAUGAACAGUGUGCUGCCCAAAUUCUACAUGAACAGAGCACUGUGGGAAGCCCGUGAGUAUCCCAGUCGUAUCUAUGGCUGGAUCGCCUUUAGCACUGCCAACGUCGUGUGUGAAAUCCCAAUUGCUGUCGUGACCUCUGUUAUAUACUUUGUCUUGUGGUACUACCCCGCCGGUCUCCCGACGGAUUCGAGCUCUGCUGGUUAUGUGUUCCUGAUGAGCAUGCUCUUCUACAUGUUCCAGGCUAGCUGGGGGCAAUGGAUUUGUGCAUUUGCGCCGUCGUUCACCGUCAUUGCCAACGUCCUGCCCUUUUUCUUCGUCAUGUGCAACUUGUUCAACGGUAUCGUCCGCCCAUACAGCACCUACCCGGUAUUUUGGAAAUACUGGAUGUACUACGUGAACCCAGUGACCUGGUGGCUCCGCGGUGUCCUAUCCAGCAUCCUCCCAUCCGUCACGCACAUCGAGUGCGCCGACAGUGAAAUAACCUACUUCAACGCUCCCCCCGGCCAGACCUGCCAAGACUACGCUGGCGACAGCAUCCUACAGGGCUACCUGACCAACGGCAGCGCAACAUCCAUCUGCGGCUACUGCCCUUACAAGGACGGGGCCGAGUACAUGCAUACCCUCAACGUGCACGACGACGACAAGUGGAAGUGCUUUGGCAUUUUCCUCGCCUUUGUGAUUAUCAACUGGGCCCUCAUCUACUUCUUCAUCUACACCGUGCGCAUCCGCGGUUGGUCCUUUGGCAUGGGCUUUGUCUUUGGCUUGUUUGGCACGGCUAUCAGCAGUGUCAAGUAUGCUAUAACUAGCCCGUUUUCGAGCAAGAAGGAUGACACUGCUUGA